AUGAUGAUGCUGCAAAUGUCUUCAAGUCCUCUUAAAUUCAACAUUACUGAUUACACUGGGGGUUUGCCAACAUUAAUCUACGAGCCAGAUGCGUGGAAUAAGACAGCCAACAUUAUAUUCAUAGAUGCACCAGUUGGCGCGGGUUUCUCCUAUGCAACGACAGCAUCGGCGUACGUAUCCACAGACACAUUGAACACUGCACAGAUGCAGACCUUCUUAAGAAAUUGGUUGGCGGCACAUCCAAAUUUCCAAACCAAUCCAGUGUUUAUUGGUAGCGAUUCUUAUGCUGGUAUAUACACUCCCAUGCUUGCUACGGAUAUUCUACAAGGGAAUGAAGCUGGACUUAAACCAUAUAUCCACCUUAAGGGAAUGAUACUAUCAUGUCCCCACACGUUCACCGAUCUCGAAACAAACUCAAAAAUUCCAUUUGCUCAUAGGUUGGCCCUCGUUUCAGAUGCACUUUAUGAGGCUUUAGAAGUAAAUUGCGGUGGGAAUUUUGUGGAUUCAACAAACGUGACCUGCACAGAGGAUCUGGCAGCGUAUGACGAGCUAGUAGCCAAGCACGAUGAUAGAGCUCUUCCAGUGGGCCCCACGCACUAUGUUAUUGUAUUUAUUUGGGGUGUGGGAGGAGCGGGGUUGGAUCAUCGGCAACAAAGUGUGAGAGCAGAGACUAGAGAGAGAGAGAGAGUGGCAAGGCGAAAGGCUCUGUUGAAUUCAGGAAGGCAAGGGAUGGAGAAGAAGUGGGCGUCCAUUUUGGCUGUGCUUGUGUCUGCCUCUGCUGCUUCAUCUCAGUACGUUGUGGAGACUCUUCCUGGGUUUCCUGGUAGACUGCCUUUUAAGCUUGAAACAGGGUACAUAAGUGUUGGUGAGGUCGAGUUCUUCUACUACUUCGUGCAGUCUACUGGAAAUCCUGGAGCUGACCCUCUUCUACUUUUCAUGAAUGGAGGUCCCGGUUGUUCCGGUUUGAAUGCCUUCUUGUACCAGAUCGGUCCACUUAAAUUCAAUAUUACUGAUUACACUGGGGGUUUGCCAUCAUUGCUCUAUGAGCCAGAUGCAUGGACUAAGACAGCCAGCAUUAUAUUCAUAGAUGCACCAGUGGGCGCGGGUUUCUCCUAUGCGACGACGACAUCAGCGUACAAUUCCUCAGAUUCAUUGAAUGCUGCACAGAUGCAGACCUUCUUAAGAAAUUGGUUAGUGGCUCAUCCAAGUUUCGAGACCAACCCGGUGUUUAUUGGUAGCGAUUCUUAUGCCGGUGUAUAUUCUCCCAUGGUUGCAACAGCAAUUCUACGAGGGAAUGAAGCUGGACUUAAACCAUAUGUUCACCUUAAGGGAAUGAUACUAUCAUGUCCCCACACGGACACCAAUCUUGAAACAAACGCAAGAAUUCCGUUCGCUCAUAGGUUGGCCCUCAUUUCAAAUGCACUUUAUGAGGCUUUAGAAAUAAAUUGUGGUGGGAAUUUUGUGGAUUCGACAAACGCGAACUGCACAGAGGAUCUGGCAACGUACAACGAGCUAAUUGAAUUGAUCAGCAAAACAAAUGUUCUUGACCCUGUUUGUACUUUCAUUUCGCCAAAAUCGAAAGAAGCUUUCAAAUUAGCAAUAUCAAACCAAGAGAAGCACAGGAGGUCCCUCCAAGAUUUCACCAAGGAUCAUCUUGUGUCACUACCGAGACCUCGCGAUUUUUGGUGCUCGUAUUUCGAAUAUCUACUUUCUGAUAUAUGGGGUAAUUAUCCUGGUGUACAAGAAGCUCUUCACGUUCGACCAGGAACCGUCAGCGAAUUUUUCAGGUGCAAUAUUUCCUUAGCCUACAGUGAAGAUGUCAACAGUGUUCUCGAUUAUCAAAAGAAUCUCACCAGUCUGGGCAUGCAAGUUCUAGUUUUCGGCGGUGAUCACGACAUGUUUAUGCCAUAUAAUGGUCUCGAAGAGUGGAUAAAAUGGCUUGAUUUGACGGUGGAUAUAGAUUGGAGACCGUGGUUCGUAGAUGGCCAAGUUGCAGGGUACACGAGGAACUAUGCAGACAGCGGAUAUCGAUUGACUUAUGCUACAAUAAAGGGAGCUGGUCACUCGCCUGCAGAAUCCAAACGCAGAGAAUGUUACGAGAUGUUUCGUAGAUGGAUUCAUUACUAUCCUCUGUAGAUCCGCACGUUUAAGAGUGGGUGCUAGAAUAAGGUUUUGUUGCUAAGUUAUGAGAAAAACUUCGUUUGCGAGUUAUUUAGCCUUGUCGUGAUUCAUGUAAUCGGAAGAACAUGCAUCGAGUUACCGGAAUAACCGACAUGUAUUUGGCAAGGCACGGAAGGUCCGCUGAGCAACAGCUACCACUACAUUUCAAGCUCAGGUCAUCUGUCAAUUGUAACAGAUGGAAUCUCAGAUAUGAGAAGAUGU